GUAGCCCCUGCUCGCCACAACUAGAGAAAGCCCACACACAGCAAUGAAGACCCAACGCAGCCAAAAACGAAAAGAAAAAUAGUAGCUUGGACUCCCCAAGACCCAGGCACCUCCUUCAGAAUCCUUGAUCUCAGUAAUAGACUUUGCCAGGGUCCCACUCCUCCACCAGAAUGCUGGGAGGGGAUUUACUCUCCCAUGAUAUAGUCCAAAUAGGUAUAAAGAGUCAAACUCAAAAUCAAAAGGAGAUCUCCUCAGGGGCCAUAAACUAAUAACUAAGAAGGAACUUAAAAUCAAAGUGAUGAGCCAGAGCUUAAGCCAGGAGAGCUCAAAGAAAUGCAGAACCAGGUUUAAUUCUCCAUGGCUGGAGACUGACUCUCAUGCUCACAUAGGGAAAGGUGUCUGGGUUGCAAGCACAGAGCGUGCAGGGAGCUGGAAAUGAACUGUCUACAUAAAGCUGGAGAUCUGAAGACAUUGCUUCAUCUCUGAGACAAAGACAAGCAGAACCAUAUGCAAACUUGGAAAGCAGUGAGGAUGUUUUCAACUGCAUAGGCACAUAGUUAAAAAGAAGUCAACAUAAACUGAGAGAGGUUGGCUUCCACUGUGCCCAUGUGGGUGUUCCAAAUACAUGUUGCUUAUUCUCCAAAGUGAGUUAGAGUGUGGCCCAUACCGCAUGAUAGCAUGUACACAAAUUUAGAAAUGAUACAAAGCAUUAUUUUAUAUAGUUUGUGAACAUACCUAUAGAUAGUAAAAAUAGAAAAAUGUGGAGAAACCUCACUAAAUUUAUGUGAGACAGAUUAUUGUUCGUGUGUGUGUGUGUGUGUGUGUGUGUGUGUGUGUGUAAAAGAGAAAGGAUCAGGGAAAGCAAUAGAGUGAAGUUCAACUUUAUCUGUUAUAGUUCAGUAUUUCAAAGAAAAACUUAAAAUUUCAAAGAGAAAAAACAACAAAGAAGGGGAAAAAGUACUAAACUGCAUUUAAUUAUAAUAUUCUCUUUCUUUUUUUAACCUUUUCAAAAGAGAACUAAAGUCAUCGAAGACACAGUAAAGCAAAGUAAAAACCACACGCAAAUGUCUGAACUAGAGGACGCAUCUGAGGUUUUCAGGAGAUACACCUGAGGAGAAAGGUCGAGAAUCACACGUUGGCAGAGAAGCAGGCAGAACUGCAGAGGGGGUUCAGAUUCCGAGUACUCAAGUCACACUUUUCUGAAAAUUUCCCCAAAGGCCACUUGGCAAGAAGCCUUCUCAUUCAACUUCUAGUUUGAUGAAUCUCAUUAAUGAUUACCGAGUCAAGCCCCAGGUGGCAAAGCAUCUUCAGCUGCCUGCUGGCAAAGCUGUGGAGGGAGAGAGCGUGAAGGAAGAGCAGGUUCUAAGUCGAAGUCCUUCCUCAGACACUAAGUAAGUCACUUACCUCGGUGUUGCUACGAAAGCUCUCCAAGUGUCCUUUCUGUGUAACAAUUGGCAAUUUUUGUAUACCCCCCAAGUCGCAGGUUUUCUCAUAUUGACUUUUUUAAAAAAGUGAAUGAAGAUGUUAAAGCCUUAUCUCCGUAACAAGGCAGAGAGAAGAGAGGUAGAAGCAGGAAGCUGAAGUAUUGUCCCCGAUGAGCCAUAAGCUUUGAGAAAAUGCCAACUGUGGAAGACAUUUCCAAGAAACAGGCGCUCUAGGGAAAUGUUUAAAGGCUGAGUUUUGGGAGUUUAAUUUUGGGGCUUGUAAGCAAACAUCAACUCUUUCAUUUGCCAACGGGAUGAGCUGGCUGAAAAGGGUCAGUAAUAGCUCCAUCUGGGGUUGAUGUAAACUGCCUGGGUUAGUAGUUAAUAACAGUAGCUUUCAUAAUUUCUGUUGCAGCAACAGCUGGUGGGAGAAGAGCUGCAGAGUGGUUGUGAAGGAACACUUCAGAUAAGAAAGCCUUGGCAGUCACAGCGCCAUCUCUUACAUGAAGAUUCAUUGCCCCCGCGAAGGUUGUGCAGGGCUUUUCUCCUGGGCAGAUUGACAGCAGCAACAGGACUAGUGCCAGUGUCCUGAGGGACUCCAUCCUUUUGUAAUCAAGUUCGUUGCCUUAGUUUCCCACCCAGAUCAAUUAGGGUCGAGGGCUUUGACACAAGGCAGGGCUGGGGGUGACUCUAGUCUAAGACAGCAUCUAGAAGAAUGCUGAGUAGGAACCAGUGAGAUGGUGUGAAAUUUAACCAAACUAAAAUGGCUGGGGAUAGAAGAAGAAAUGUCGAGAUGAGGCAAUGGAACAGUCACCAGGGCCACCAGAAAACGGGGUAGAAGAGCAGGAUGAAUGGGCAGGAGCUGGGAAAUGCUUCCGAGAAGUAUUACAAAAGGACAGGAUGAAACUUACAGGGGGUGAAAAACAGUCAUCAGGAGAGAAGAACGCAAUGGCCACCAUGACAGAAUUGAGUCCCACGGCAGGGAAGUACUCCCAAGAUGUACAAGGGGAUGAGAAGCUCAGUCCUGGGAAAGCUCCAAGCUUAUGUUCCACUCGCUAUGGAAUAGCCUUCAUCACACAUCUCUGCAACUUCAUAAUAAUGGCACAAAAUAUUAUCAUGAACAUCACCAUGGUAACCAUGGCCAACAGCACAAACCAUCAGUCCCAGUUUAACAGCUCCACUGAGGGGCUGCCUCUUGACUCAUUUGAUGACCCAAAUAAUUCCCCAAAAAGUCUUCCUGCGGGGGCCCCUGUGUAUGAUUGGAGCCCUCAAAUCCAGGGCAUCAUCUUUAGUUCUAUCAACUAUGGCGUGAUCCUGACACCGGCUCCCAGUGGAUACCUGGCUGGAAGAGUAAGAACAAAGCGAAUGGUUGGUGCUGCUCUGCUUGGAUCCUCAUUUCUCGUUCUCUUCACCCCUCUGGCAGCUGACCUUGGACUAGGUUUCCUCAUUGCAACUCGAAUACUUCAAGGCGUGAGCCUGGGGUUAGGAUAUGGGGGUCAUUUUGCACUCUGGGAAAGAUGGAGUCCUCCAAAUGAAUGAAGCCGACUCUGCAGCAUUGCUUUCUCAGGAAUGAUGCUGGGAAGCUGCAUUGCCAUCCUCCUGGGUGGCAUCAUCAGUCAAGCCCUUGGGUGGCCUUUUGUCUUCUGUAUCUUUGGAGGUGUUGACUGUGUCUCCUGCCUUCUCUGGUUUGUUUUGAUUUAUGAUGACCCUGUCACUCACCCAUGGAUAAACAUCACAGAAAAAGAAUACAUCAUAUCCUCCUUGGCCCAACAGGUCAGCUCUUCUAAGCAGCCUCUUCCCAUCACUAUGGUCAGAUCUCUACCCCUCUGGUCCUUGUGUUUUUGCGGUUUCAGCCAUCAAUGGUUAAUUAACAUAAUGGUUGUAUACACACCAACUUACAUCAGCUCUGUGUUCAAUGUUGAUAUCAGAGAUAGUGGCUUCCUGUCUGCCCUUCCUUUUAUUUUUGCCUGGGUCGUUGGCAUCCUGGGAGGUUACCUGGCAGAUUUCCUUCUGACCAAGAAUUUUAGGCUUGUUACAGUGAGGAAAAUUGCCACAGUUCUAGGAAGCCUCCCCUCUUCAGCAUCCCUUGUGGUUCUGCCAUACGUUGCCUCCAGCUAUAUCACAGCAGUGAGCCUUCUGACGCUCUCCUGUGGACUAAGCUUGUUUAGUCAGCCAGGGAUCUAUAUCAAUGCCUUAGAUAUUGCUCCAAGGCAUUCCAGCUUUCUCAUGGGAGCCUCGAGGGGGUUUGCACAGAUAUCUGCUAUCCUGGCACCCACUGUCAGUGGAUUUCUUCUCAGUCAGGACCCCGAAUUUGGAUGGAGGAAUGUCUUCUCCUUGUCAUUUGCCAUUAACACAUUAGGACUGAUCCUCUACCUUAUAUUUGGAAAAGCAGAUGUCCAAGACUGGGCUAAAGAGAGGAAACUCACUCGUUUAUGAAGUUACCCCACCUUGGAUGGAAAAUCAUUAGGCACCUUAUUUCAUAAACGAGAAGCCUUCAGUGAUGAAAAUACCAACAGAAAAAGUUUUCUUUGCUGUAGCUCUUUUCAAAUCUGAGAUCAGUUCUUUAUUUUACUCAGAUUUCAUUUUGAGAAAAAUAUAAGAUGAAUGAAAAUUCAAAUAAAAUGAUAGCCAAGAACAUGU